AUGCCGUCGCACGCCUCCCAUGCUCACGGCCAGGUGAUCGAGUACAUCCAAGAUCGCCUGUAUCUCGCCUCGUACUCGUCCGCACCUGAUCCCUACACUGCCUUUCCAUUCCCGACCCAGGCUUCUUCUCCCUCCAAGCGUUCAGCAAAAGCAUCACAAAGCCCCGUACGAGUCGCAAAACACAAACUCCCCGUGUACUUUACCGUCGACGAUACUCUCCUAUACAAUGCAUUCCACGCCGAUUUCGGCCCAUUGCACAUCGGCCACCUGUACCGCUUCGCUGUUCAUUUCCACGAGAUCCUUGGUGAUCCAGCCAAUGCCGAGAGACCAGUGGUUUUUUACAGCAAACCCGAUCCUCGGAGCCGCGCGAAUGCAGCCUGCUUGGUCGCGUGCUAUAUGGUGUUGAUUCAGUCGUGGCCUCCUCAUUUGGCUCUUGCGCCUAUUGCUCAGGCUGAUCCUCCAUACAUGCCUUUCCGCGACGCAGGAUACAGCCAGGCAGACUUUAUUCUCAACAUCCAGGAUGUCGUGUAUGGUGUGUGGAAGGCCAAGGAGGAGUCUCUGUGUGGAUUGAAGGAUUUCAGCCUGGAAGAGUAUGAACGUUAUGAACGAGUCGAUAUGGGUGAUUUCAAUUGGGUCACUCCAAACUUCAUCGCAUUCGCAUCGCCUCAGCAACAACCGGUCGCCCCAGUCCCAGCCAACACUGCCGAAUACGCAGCUCUGCCGUCGACCGUACCUGAAGUCCUUUCUUCCAAACUUCCCGUGCCAUUCAAGAAUGUUUUGACACAUUUCUCGUCGAGAGACGUCGGUCUGGUAGUCCGCCUCAACUCUGAGCUUUACUGUCCAUCAUAUUUCACUGCGCUCGGCAUCAACCACAUUGAUAUGAUUUUCGAAGAUGGAACUUGCCCACCAUUACCGUUGGUGCGACGAUUCAUCAAGAUGGCACACGAGAUGAUCACCGUGCAGAAUAAGAACAUCGCCGUUCACUGCAAAGCCGGAUUGGGCCGGACUGGCUGCUUGAUUGGUGCAUACUUGAUCUACCGACAUGGAUUUACUGCAAAUGAGAUCAUCGCUUUUAUGCGGUUCAUGCGUCCUGGUAUGGUGGUUGGGCCACAACAACACUGGCUGCACCUUAACCAGGGUGCUUUCCGGGAGUGGUGGUUUGAAGAUACCAUGCGCGAGAAGCUGGCCUUGACUGCGCCUGUUACACCUGGCCGACAAGUCAACAAGCAGCGUUCCAGCAAUGGACAGACUAUUACACCUCCUCAGCACAACGGUCAUUCCAAGAGGUCAGCAUUGGGGGAGAUUGACAACAACGAAGCUUCCAAUUAUAACACGGAUGAAAAUUUACCAGCGCCGACUCCCGGACAACCUCGCAAGUCUCACCGCAAAGACUCUCGUCAUCAUCCAUACGCCCGAAAUGUAUCGGGCGCACUAGCUGUCAAUGGCGAGACUGAAAAAGAACGCGCCUCUGGGAAACGAAUCCAGCGCGCGGGAACUGAACAGAGCGAAAGCGAAGAAGAAAUCCAAAUGCGACUACUUGCCAAACGCGCAUCCCGAUCACCCAGCGCUUCUCCCAAAACACGAUCCAUCAGCUACUCCACCACAGUAACCACCAGCUACGAAGUUCACGAAGACCGCGAGAACUGGGUUGAAGCUGCUGUCGUCACACAGAAAACCCCCACAAGCAAGGGCGCUAUCGCCAUGAGUAAAGUCCGCUCCAGCCCCCGACGAGUCACUGACAGCAAGAGCGAGACCAAAGGUAUCCGCAAGAUUAGCGGCCGAGUGGGCAGCGUUGGCACUGCUUCCCCGACACGGGUGAAGUAG